UAAUAAUCAGUCGUGAAACCGCUAACCUUGUGGAAAGUUUUCAAAGCUUCUCGUAAUUAAUUUCAUUGAAUUUUUAGUUAAACGCCGACCAAAAUGAAUCAAAUGAACCAAAUGGGAAUGCACAUGCAACAGCAGGGCGUAGUGCAAGGUGGACCCGGAGUACCGGUCGGAAUUCCCGGCGGCCAGGUAGGCGUUUCGCCCGUCAUGAUGCAGUCGCCCCAGAUGCAACAACAGCAGCAGCAGCAGCAGGUUGCCGUCCAACAACAGCAGCAACAGGCCCAAGCUCAUCAGCACCAGUCCCAGCAACAGCAGCAGCAGCAGACCGAAAAGGUGGAUAACAUUUCCAAGGUAAAGGCACUGAUCGGUCCUCUGCGGGAAUCGCUUGCGGCAACGAUCAAAACCGCUGCGCUCUUGUUGCAGCAAAACAACCUCAACGACGCGGGAACGAAAGGAGGAGAUAUGAACGCUUUAAUUCCGAGGUUUGACAAGCAUCUGGAGGAGUUCUACUCGAUCUGCGAUCAAAUCGAACUGAAUCUGAAAACCUCAAAAAUUUGCAUGCAGCAGGGAGCUUCGUCGCAGCAGUAUCUCCCGAUUCCGGUUGCACCGACGCAACCCAAUCCGGCCGAAACAAACGCCUUGUCCUACGGUCAGUAUUUAGACGUGGUGAAGAUUCAGAUUGGCUACGCCAAGGACAUACACGAUACCCUCAUCUGUGCCGCUCAAAAUAUCUGCCCGAGCGAAUGAUAGAAUCGAACCACUACUGGGUGCGACAUUUCGGAUUAGAUUGAGUGGUUUCAUCUUUUUUCCGGAAUGAUACACGUGUGAUUGGAAUCUGUCAUUAUAUUGCACCUAUAGUGAUGCAAAACCUGUAGUUUUAAAUAUUUUUCAUUUACCUGAAUGUUUACCACUUUCUACUUCAUAUAGAUAUUUUACGACACCUACAGUCUGUCUCUGUAAGGAAUAAGUUAAUACAUUAGAUAAUAAGAGAUACUUUUUUUUGCUAAGAUAGCUGCCAUGUCAA